AUGCCGAAGAAGAAAACAAACUAUAACAAAAGAGGAUUUGCGAAGAGGCUAUCUUCAAGAAUCUUCUCGCGAAGAGACAAGACGUCCAAACCAGAGGAUCAAUGGAGACCAAGAAAGACCAAGUUUGCAGCUAUGCCAGCAGACGAUGAUGAUGACUUCAGCGCACCGACCAUCAUUAACAAUUUUUCUUUCUCUGUCGAAAGUGAGACUGGGGGAUAUAAGAAAGAUAUCGAUACAAAGAAGAAACAGGCGAUUCGAAAAUUGAACAAGAAGACCGAUUUCGCAGGUAUCAACAUCCAACCCUCCUCACGAGACAAAAACACUAACUCUGCAAGAAAAAAGAAGGCACGAGCUGAUACUCAAAGUUUUCAACUUUCGUCUGAUAUGUCGAUGGACCAUUCCUUUGAUUCUAGACAGAGUGCAGCAACUAGACAGACGACAAUGAGUGACCCGACCAACUUUUUCUCUUCGCAACCAGCAGCACUUACGAUGAACAAUCUCAAUCAUUUUUCAAAUGACAUUGAAAACCAAAAUCCACGAAGCAAAUUUCAUCAGUUCACGAUUGACGAAGACAAAGAAUCUACAGUCAUUCUGCCUGUCGGAUUCACUGACGAUGACGAAACAACACAUCGAACCUUCGACGAGGAUAUUAGUAGCUCUAGAUGCUCGGGAUCAAGACGCAGGAAUUCAAGCUACGAGAGAGCAUUCACACCCUUUCAGGAAGAGACCAAAAGUGUUUUCGUUGACAGCUUUGCUUCUGCUAAGGAAAACACACACAGUGGCCUCUCAACUGCCCCUAGCCUUCGAGCAAGUGAUGAAAACGUCAGCACCUACUCUCGAUCUCGCAACCCCAGUGUCGCUUCUCUGUGUUACAGUCCAAGCCCAAAGCAUGAGUCGUACAGCUUUGCUUCACCCAACAAAAGAACAUGCGAGGCAAAAGGCUCCAAGAAGCAACAACGAUUCAUUCGUGAUGGACGAGCACCGUUAAGCCCGCUCAAUGGAACGAGAGCAUCAAAUUCCGGAGCCAAACCUUUUUUCCAAAAGAGAAAUGACCCUUUCUCAGGCCUCGGGUCAUGGUCCGAUUUUGUACAAGAUACCUCUUCUAACAGUCACAGUGGAUUCAAAUCUACUGACAACAUUUCUGAUAUAUACGAAGAGAAAUCAAGCCAAAUCUUUGAACCACGGAAUGGUGGGGAAUCAAAAUGGAGCAAAGGCCUUUAUGACUUCUCGGACGAGAGCAAGCCAGUAAGUAGCUUUGAUUCUACAGACUCUGUCGGAACGUUCCGACCUCGACUUGAAGAAGAAGUACCUAUGGGUAUUCAAAGCUUCGAAGGCGUUUCAAAGGGAUCGUCUGUACCUUCUUCCGUUAUAUCUGCUGCUUCUUCUCAAGGAAGGGUCAUAUACAAUCGACGCGUGACUCCCUCAAGUUUUGACGACGACGACAUAUCUCACAGCAACCGUUCUGUAGGAAGAUCGUCUCACGGUGGCGGUGGUGGCUCAGUAGCAAAACCGAUGGGUCUUCCAAGCAAUGCCAUCAUGGCAUCGAUGCUCUUCCAAAGACAUCACACAAUCGACACUCGUGCAGUCGAAACAAAGCUGAAGGCAAAACGCGAAGAAAGCUCGAAAUUGGAUGCGAGCCGAAGCGACGUACCGCGAGCAAUUCAAGCUCAAGAUGAUAUGUACAGUUGCGUUUCAUCCUUUUCCGAGGAUACUACCUCAGUUGGUCCAUGGAAGAAGCCAACGAGAGACUUGCUAGAUCACUUCUCCAAUUCCCGAAGGACUGAAUACGACGCCGGGCGAUUUCGACGUGACCAACUUGCCAAAGCGCCAACUUUGUUUGAAGCAUAG